UUCCGCUAAACUUCCUCUACUUUAUUUUCCUUGUUGACAGUCAGUUAACUGGUUAAACUACACGAUUUAAACCGCUGUUCUUCUGUAUUUAGUAUAUUUAUGAUGAUAUGCCGCUCGCGUGUUAAACGGAGUUCCUGCCGCGUUAGCUUUAAGGCAAAAAUGCGUCAUGUAUCUAUUACUUACUGUUGGUGAGCUAAGCAGCUAGCCGCCUAGCCUACUAAACAGCUGCUGUGUGUCUAGGACUCCUCCGAAAAAAGUCAAGAUUAUGUUUCUCUCUUUGCUUUUGGUAUGCUUUUACUUGUUUUGACUAACAUGUGCAGCAUGGAAGCAGAAGGAAUAGUUAUUCGGAUAAAGACACCCAUGGGGGACAUGGACUCAUCAGUGGACUGUCCAUCACAUCUGAACUUCAAUGAUUUACUGGCGGCGAUCAGAGAUGUCAUGCCUGAAGCUACAAUCACAGCUUUUGAAUAUGAGGAUGAAGUCGGCGACCGAAUUACAGUUCGGAGUGAUGAGGAGCUCAAAGCCAUGCUGUCCUAUUAUUGCAACACGGUGAUGGAGCAGCGCAUCAAUGGAUUGUUACCUGAGCCUUUACAGAUUUUUCCACGAGCUGGUAAGACCCCAGGGAUCCGGAACAUACAUGGCCUGAAGGUGAAUACGCGGCCCGAAUCCUCAAGUGGCAGGGGCUCAUCUGCGGCUGAUUCCCUGUCCAAUGAUAGCAGUUUAAAGAAGUCUUCAGCGGAGUUAAAGAAGAUUUUGACAAACGGACAGAUAAAUGAACAUGACCUCCAGUACCAGGAGCAGCUUGGCCAUGGAAAUGGAGGAACAGUUUACAAAGCACAUCAUCUGCUUGGCAAGAGAGUUGUUGCGGUGAAGGUUAUUCCUCUGGACAUCACAGUGGAGUUGCAGAAGCAGAUCAUGUCGGAACUUGAGAUCCUUUAUAAGUGUGACUCUCCGUACAUAAUCAAAUUCUACAGUGCAUUCUUCGUGGAGAACAGAAUAUCUAUAUGCACUGAGUUUAUGGAUGGUGGUUCUCUGGAUGUGUACUGGAAAAUUCCUGAGCAUGUCUUGGGGAGGAUUGCAGUAGCUGUGGUAAAUGGAUUAACAUACCUAUGGAGCCUAAAGAUUUUGCACAGAGAUGUGAAACCCUCCAACAUGCUGGUGAACACUCGAGGUCAGGUCAAAUUGUGUGACUUUGGAGUCAGCACACAGUUGGUGAACUCUAUUGCUAAAACAUAUGUGGGAACCAACGCAUACAUGGCACCAGAGCGGAUAUCAGGGGAGCAGUAUGGUAUUCACUCAGAUGUAUGGAGUGUAGGAAUCUCUUUCAUGGAGUUGGCACUGGGCUCUUUUCCAUAUCCACAGAUUCAAAAGAACCAGGGCUCCUUAAUGCCUCUUCAGUUAUUGCAGUGCAUUGUUGAUGAGGACCCUCCUAUGCUUCCUCUUGGUCAGUUUAGUGAGAAAUUUGUCAACUUUAUUACACAGUGUAUGAGAAAGCAGCCCAAAGAAAGACCUGCGCCGAACAACCUUAUGGACCAUCCCUUUAUUAUGCAAUAUGAUGAUGGCAACACAGAGGUUGUGUCCAUGUGGGUGUGUCGCAGCCUAGAGGACCGGAGAGCACAGCAAUCACAGAGGCUUAUGUGAAGAACGGUGGCAAAAUUGCAUCUUCCACUCAACUGGCAGACGCAUCAGCAGAGCUUACAGAACCUUAUGGAGAACCCCACAACCUAACCUUCACUUGCAAUGAUGCAUGGAGUGAGAACUGCUUAAGUGGUCUUAUUUAGAUUAGGCUAGCAUUUUGACAGGAGGAUUUUCAUCAUGGUUGGUGAAUAUUGGAUUGCCUAAACCCAAAUCUUUAACUUCGUACUUCAACAAUGGAUUUCUUUUCACUUCUUGUGCCGAUUCCAAUGUAAAUGUUUUACCAUAAGAUCCUCACAGGGGGGCUGUUGCUUGCUCAACUCAAAUUCAGUUCCCAUGGAUUUGAAUCUGAGUAAAAAUAAUGAGAGACUGUCGCUGUACUUGAAGCAACAAUCUGGUUUUGCCAAAACAUUACGGCCGCGUCAUAAAUCAUCUUGUGUUCUGUAAAACUGUUCGGUUUUAAAAUAUAUGAGAUUGUGUCAAGCAUUGCUCCAUUGCAACUGUUGUUUUUAAAGCUGCUUUUUACUGAGUUUCACAAAUGGACUGCCAGGACUGGCAAUACCCCAUUAUAGUUAGAAAAAUGUGAUGAUGUUUUAUUAUGAUAGAAGGCAGUGAAUAGCAGCUUGUGUGGAGGCGUGAUGCAAUGAGACUUCAGAUAUUCCAGUAGUGGCAUUCUGUAAUACUGUACGAAAGCCCAAUGGGUUUUGUUCUUGGUUAAUGUGGGUCCAAAUCUAGAGGUUUAUGAAGAAUUAUAAUUUGUAGGAUGCAUUUAAUUGAUUUUAUUUGUUUCUGCCUUAAUUCUUGUGCCCUGUGUAAGGAACAUUUUGGAGUACAACCUAGUACUUCGAGUCAAGUAAUUCAUUUUCCAUUAUCUGUUUUACUUCACAUAUAUCUGAACUUACCUUCGGUUGGUUUGUAACAGCUUUGUAACAGCUUUGUGAACUGCAGACGUGCUGCUGAGUUAUCUUGCUAAGACCUUAGCACUGUGCUAAAAUAGCACAAAUUCCUCCACACAGAAAGUAAUAGCACAGCAGUGCUCAAAACGGCACUGGUUUUAUGAAGAUAUUACAGUUAGUUAGUGCCUCCACCAACAGCCAUAAGCCAUUAGGUCAGAAACUAGGCUUCACUUUAAAGAAGAUCCCAAUCAAUAAGUGAGAAAACUCAAAUGUAUUGUAGCAGUUCUAAAUUAAACUCACUUGUUUAAAGACUGGGUCAGCUUAAAGUGAAUCAGCACACCUACUCUGUCACAUUUUCCAUGCAUCGCAGGAAAGAGGAUUGUCAUACAUCAGCUUUUACACUGACAUCUGUUGGAAAAUAAACACGAGCCAUCACAUCUGUCUUCUCUUCUUAUACUAGAGGAGUCAUUUUAAUGUUUAAUCAGUAUUACUUCAUGGAUUGUGUUUUGAUGAAAGUGACAGAUAUUAAAUGUUUUUCCUCAGUGCCUGUACCUUUGAGAAAAAUAAAUACCGUACAAUUGAACAAGAAUACUGUCAGAGGUAAUUUUAUAUUAGAGCAAAUGUGUAUAGUGCUAAAUGACAUUUACACUCUUAUUCUUUAGAAAGUGUAAUUGUCACAUACCAAAGCCAAAUGCAUUAUUUUGUUUGUUUUUUACCUGUUAUAAGUUAUAUUAUUUGUUAGUUUUCUUUGCACUGUCUCUGUUUGAAUUCUUAAAAAUCAUAAUCUGGCCAAAUCACUUUUCAGGUGUAGGCCAACUAUCAAAGUAUGUCUGAGAUCUCUGAGAAACAAAACAAUUGUGUGAAUUCCUAAAUCAGUUGAGGAAAGGUUUCAACAUCAGGUGAUUGUGUGAAUAAACUUUUCAAAUAUUGUUUUAA